UGUCGGCCCCAGAAGUGGAACUGGAGUGGUCUAUGCCCAUUGCCCAGUGACCUUUCUCUGGCUACGGAUGAACUAUCAUCCCUUCCUCCACGAAACAUGGAGUACGCUGGGUCAAGUCUACGUUUGCCUCCCCCUUCCCGCUCCCAGUCGGUGGCGUCGUCACUUGCAAUGUUGCGUGAUGUUUUGGCUGUUUGUUUGCCUCACACGGCAAAGGUUGCUUUAACCUACAUCGUCGAAACACGCAUCCAGACCUGCCGAAGGUUGAUCCCGAUUGUGUCGCGCCGUGGCGGACCAUGCCUGGGAGAUUCUAUCAUCUUACGACGGUGGACUUACUCGAGUCGGUUAGACCCAGGCACGCCAGCCUCUCCAGUUGGUCAGGGUGCUGGCCAGGGUGUCGCCGGAAGCUGGGAACGCAGCAUCCGGACCAAAAUGGGAACAACCCUAAGCCGUGCAUGGGUUGCGUGGCUGUCGUCUCAGAUCCCGGCCGCAGAGGCUAUACGGACUAUCUUAUAGUAUUGGC